UUAUAUUUUUGCUAAGGCUGCCUAAUUCUUUCAGCUGUGCUAACUUUUUCUUUACUUUUUUUAGCUAAUAACAGUAAAAAAUUACAUCUCAUACCUGAUUCAUCUCAGCCCUCCACUUAUCAUAUCUUUGAUUCAUUUUUUCAUAGAUGAACACAUGAACAGUAAAGGUCGAACAUAACACCCAUCACCCACGAAACUUGCUCUGCUAAAUCCGCCGUAAAACAAGGUGAAGGAUUGAGACAGUAUUAUCUCCAAUAUAUUCACGAGCUUCAGCUUCUCGUCAGGCAAAAGACCCAUAAUCUUAAUCGCCUCUAAGCUCAACGUAAUGAGCUUAAUUCUAGAGUGGGGAUGCUUAGGGAAGAAUUACAGCUGCUUCAGGAACUCCAGGUCUUAUGUUGGUGAAGUUGUCAAAGUAAUGGGCAAAAAUAAAAUGCUAGUUAAGGUCCACCCAGAAGGAAAAUAUGUUGCUGAUUUUGAUAAAAGUAUCGAUAUCAAUAAGAUUACACCAUCAACCAUGGUUGUCCUCCGUAAUGACAACUAUAUUCUUCACUUAGUCUUGCCAAGCAAAGUUGAUCCGUUGGUUAAUCUUAUGAAAGUAGAAAAGGUUCCAGAUUCUACAUAUGAGAUGUAUUAUUUAUAUAUUUGAGAUGUAUCAUUAAAAAUAUCUUACGUAUAUUUUUAAGUGUAUUGUUUUAUUUUGAAUUUUUUAAAAUCUUUUUAUGUUAA